CUCCCUCCCAUCCCCCUCACUCCACCACCACCAACAACAAGAACCACCACUCCAAGCUCCCGCUAGCCGCUAGCUAAUCAACCCCGCCGGCAAGGCGAGACACCCGCCAGUUGUCAUCGUUUCCCUGAUGGAGAAGAGGCAGGCGACCUACGGGAAGGGCGCGGCCAGGAUGGCGCCCAUGGAGGUAUCGGUGGAGGCCGGUAACGGCAGGGAGUCCGACUGGCUUGACGACGACGGGCGCCCGCGUCGGUCGGGCACGGUGUGGACGGCGAGCGCCCACAUCAUCACCGCCGUCAUCGGCUCGGGCGUCCUCUCGCUGGCGUGGGCCAUCGCCCAGCUCGGCUGGGUGGCGGGCCCCGCCAUCAUGCUCCUGUUCGCGCUCGUCAUCUACUACACCUCCACGCUCCUCGCCGAGUGCUACCGCUCCGGCGACCCGGAGACCGGCAAGCGCAACUACACCUACAUGGACGCCGUCCGCUCCUACCUCCCGGGCACCAAGGUGAAGCUGUGCGGCGUCAUCCAGUACGCCAACCUCGUCGGCGUCGCCAUCGGCUACACCAUCGCCGCCUCCAUCAGCAUGCGGGCGAUCGGGAGGGCGGACUGCUUCCACUACCACGACGUCAGGGGCCGCAGCGGGAAGGACGAGUGCAAGAGCUCCAGCAACCCGUACAUGAUCGUCUUCGGGGUAGUGCAGAUCCUCUUCUCGCAGAUACCGGACUUCGACCAGAUAUGGUGGCUCUCCAUCGUUGCCGCCGUCAUGUCCUUCACCUACUCCACCAUCGGGCUCGGCCUCGGCAUCGCGCAGACCGUCGCCAACGGUGGCAUCCAGGGCAGCCUCACCGGUCUCAGCGUCGGCCCGGGCGUGACCUCCAUGCAGAAGGUGUGGCGCAGCCUCCAGGCCUUCGGCAACAUCGCCUUCGCAUACUCCUACUCCAUCAUCCUCAUCGAAAUCCAGGACACGGUGAAGGCGCCGCCGCCGUCGGAGGCGAAGGUGAUGCAGAAGGCGACGGGGAUAAGCGUGGCGACGACGACGGUGUUCUACAUGCUGUGCGGGUGCAUGGGGUACGCGGCGUUCGGCGACGCGGCGCCCGACAACCUCCUCACGGGGUUCGGCUUCUACGAGCCCUUCUGGCUGCUGGACGUGGCCAACGCCGCCAUCGUGCUGCACCUCGUCGGCGCCUACCAGGUCUUCUGCCAGCCCCUCUUCGCCUUCGUCGAGAAGUGGGCGGCGGCGAGGUGGCCCGACAGCGCCUUCAUCGCCCGGGAGCUCCGCGUGGGGCCCUUCGCCAUCAGCGUCUUCCGCCUCACCUGGCGCACGGCCUUCGUCUGCCUCACCACCGUCGUCUCCAUGCUGCUCCCCUUCUUUGGCGACGUCGUGGGGCUCCUGGGCGCCGUCGCGUUCUGGCCGCUCACCGUCUACUUCCCCGUCGAGAUGUACAUCGUGCAGCGCGGCGUGCGACGGGGGAGCACGCGGUGGGUUUGCCUCCAGAUGCUCAGCGCCGCCUGCCUCGUCGUGUCCGUGGCCGCCGCGGCCGGGUCCAUUGCCGACGUCAUCGGCGAGCUCAAGGAGUACCGGCCGUUCAGCGGCUGAGCGAUAUUUGUGUAGGGUGGUGAGUAGCACAGCGGCACAUGGGAGCACAUGUGUGCGUACGGCUUGUGUGCUGCAUGGAGACGGAGACAAAUUACCGAGCUUCUUGUGUGAACUUCUAUCAAGUAGCACCUUGUAGAUACUUGUAUUUCCGUUGCAAAGGACUUCUUUCAUGCAUAUCGUUGCACCCUUACAAUAUCAAUCCAAGUUUAUCGUCUUUGCCAA